AUGAAAGGCUCUAAAGACAUUUUAGAUUCAAUCCUAGAUAUUGAUGCAAAAGUUCUCGGAAUAGACAACGUUCAGGAUGAUAUGGACCUCAUUGGCAACAACUAUGAUCCAAAGAAUGAAGAAGCAAGCAGAAGUUCAUCUGGAUUUAGCCAGAUAAAGCCAAUUCAUUCAUCUUAUCAAAACUCAUCUGAUUGUACGCCAGGAGUAGUCAACCCCUAUGUCUAUCCUGUGAAGCGGAAAAGAGGCAGACCAAGGAAGGAAGAGCAGUAUCUUCAUCCUUCACUGACCAAGCCAGGGCCUAUAGGGGUUAGAACUCCUUACAAUUAUUACGUCAAGGAACAGAAAGAUGUCCUUCGAGACCAGUUCAGAGGUGUCUCGCUUAAUAUCAUGUUGAGUCAGAUUGGCGUCACAUGGAAUUCAAUGACUGAGCAGGAGAAAAAGCCCUAUGUGGCUCUUUCCAGACAGGACAGAAUUAGGUACGAGCUCGAGCUUCAGCAAUACAAUGCUGGAAAUUUUCAGAACCAAGUACCUGAGAAACCGCCAAGCACUGCUUUUGAGUUCUUUUGAUGCGAGAAAAAGACUUCUUGUAAGAAGAGUUUUCCAAAUUUUAGCGAAGAUCAGAUUAUCAAGCAUUUGCAGACAGAAUGGAAUCUGCUGAGUGCUCAGCACAAAGAUCAUUAUCAUCAGCUUGAAUCUCAGGAACAAGAACGGCUUAAAAGAGCUUUAGCCAGAGGCAGUAAAAGAAAACGAGGUAGGAAGUCAAAAGCAGAGAUUCUUGCUGAAGAACAAGCUGAAAUGGAGCAUAAAAUGAGAAAUAAUGACAUCAAGGCUGAUAUCAUUUUGCCUCCAAUUUCGUCUAUAAAUAUUCCACAAAUAGAGGAGACUAAGUUGUGUGGACCUCUUCAAUCAGAGACAUCUCCAAAUAAACCAUUGCUACAAAGGAAAUCUCAUGAGAACUAUGUAGAGCUGAAUUCUGAGAAGGAGAUGAAUUAUGAAGACCUUGCUCUCUCUUCACAAAGUAGCCAGGAAAUACAAGAUAUUGAUCAAUUAUACCACGAAAUGCUUGAAAAAGAUCCAGACAAUGUUAUUGACUAUACAGAUAUCGAUAGCGAAGAUCUUGACCUAAUCCUAAACGAAGAUACUGACUAAUUCUUAAUAAACCC